GCUUAAGUCUCGCUGAGACGAGACGUUUAAAAUUGUCUGUAGCAUAGAACGAAAAAAAAACAAAUUAUAAUAAUUAAUAAGAAUCUAUUUGUAUAUGUUAAUUGAGUUUUUGUUAUUAUUUAAAAGUAUAUAGAUUAAAAUUUCAAGAUCUUUUUGCAAAAAUGAAAAAAUCCAUUGUUUUAUUAUCGUUUAUUUACUGUGCGCUGGUGAUUAAUUCAAUUAAUUGUGUCAAUGCCUCUGGUGAAGAUGCUGACCAAAAACUACAGGUGGAGAUAUUCUAUGAAACCUUAUGCCCAGAUAGUAUGCGUUUCGUACGCAAUCAACUUUAUACAUCCCUAAAAUCUAAUGAAUGGCUUCCUUAUACAGAUUUACAAUUUAUUCCCUAUGGAAAAGUUGGUGUUUGGACAGAUCCUGAUACAAAUAUAACCAAUCUCUAUUGCCAACAUGGUCAAAGAGAGUGUGAAUUAAAUGCUCUACAUGCAUGUAUUGUGGAGCACAAUACUAUCGAAGAACAAUUGGAUAUGUUUAACUGUUUACUUAAUGGUUAUUCCACGGAUGUUGAUGUGUGUGCUAAACGUUUGAAUAUUGAUGUAAGCGCUGCUAAAAACUGUAAAAAUACACGCACAACAUAUGAUAUUUUGAAAAAAUAUGGCGAUAAAACGGAUGCUAUUGAAAUUUCAUUUGUGCCUUCAAUUGCCAUGGGUGGGGUAUUUGAUCCUUGGAAACAGCGUGCUAUUUUACAUAAUUUCUCUAGAGUAUUUUGUCGUAAAUAUAAAGAAAAAUUUGAUGUUAUUUUAGAAAAAUGUUAAUAUUUAUGUUAUUAAAAUGUAUUAAAGAAAACUA